AUGGCGACAGCUGGUGCCAGUGGCCUCAGUGCAGCCAGCGACCUCGAAAUGUCGUACCCUAUCGAAUCAGUUCCCAGUGACACCAGCCGGGGCAUCGAGACCGAGUCCCCCAAGACGAGUCGCAAGAGGAACACAGCCACAGGUACAGCAAUCAGUGGGGACUUUAUCCGCGUUGCAGCAGGAGAAUCUGCGGAGUUUCAUUUCCAUCGAAUGGACAAAUUGAAGAGUUGGGCCAAACGUGUGACCUCCAACAAGUCCUUCGGCCUGCUUGCUGAACAGCACAAGGAAUGGGAAACCACAAAACCAGUGUGGCACUAA